GGAGGACGAAGGGGCGAGUGGAGACGACAACAGAAAGCAUGACGAAGCGGACCAGGACGAUAGGGAGAAGAUAGAAGGACCCAGACCUGGGUGAAGAAAGCGAAGAAAAGCCCCGAGAUGGUCAGAAUGGACAUCUGGGAGCCGCAGUGCUUCUCCGCUGCUUGACUGUCGCAAGCAAACCACGCAGAGACCACGAGAUGUAUUACGAACCAUGUCGACCUCUGAAUCGCGUCGGCCGUGAUUAUCGGUAUGGGCUGCCUCGCCAACGGGCCGAUCGCUCUCUUGCAAGGGUUCAAAGUGCGCCACGUCAACUCUACCCCACGCGCGUCCACACGAAGAGCGCGUCCAGGCCUUUCUGGAGAAGGACAUCAGACAGGCAGUGCGAGCCUCUGUUGCCUGAUGUCCCGCGAUCGAAGCGAGGAAUUCGAAGUCUACAGGUCCAAGAGGAGGGAGCAGGAGGCGGAGGGAGAGGAGGGAGAGGAGAGGAGGUGGGAGACGCGGGGCGCUGCAAAUUCAAGAAGAAGGCCCAGCACACAGGAGGGCUGGGAAAAGCAUGCCCGCUGUCGCACCUGCAUCUGGCCGACUCCUCCGAGACCCCAGAUGGACUGACCCCUCUUCGAGGUCCGCCGCCUUUGUCCGAGCCCGCGCGGACAUCCGCCGACA